AAAGAGAGGAGAGAGGGAAAAAAAACAAAAAAAUUCUCAGCCCAACCUUAUCCCCACCCCACAGUCCCCUCCCCAAACUCUCUCCUUCACACAAACACGCUCACAUGGCGUCUCCGAGUGGGACGUAGCAUCGGAAACGGAGUAGGCUAUAUACUCUGCCUGUUCUCCCCCAUUUCUAGAGAGCAAUCGUCCAGUGAGUGAAGAAACGAGAGGGGAGGGAGAAGCAGCCUCCCAUGAUGGCCUCCAUCACCGGGGCGGUGAAGCUAUCGAAGCCAGCUAUUGCGCCAUCUUCCAAUCUCACGUCACUCCACAAGAUGGAUUUCAAGUACGAACAACUAAAUGGGGUUCAGCAACGUCGCACCCUCCUGAUUACCAGCGGCUGGGAGAGACGAGAUACGAUCGAUAAACGAAUCUCAAGUUACCCGAUUUCAAACAGGAAACUGGCAUUAAGUCAAAGGCCAUUACACUGCACAGAGUUGCAAGCUACCUUGAAGAGCCCAAGAGGCUUUAGUCCCACGCCAAAGAAUCCCAAAAGGACCAAGAAGUCUGACAGAGGCAGUAGUAUUGACGACGAAGAAGACGACCCGGAUGACGAUCCUAGCGCAGGGAUUAUACCGGAGGUAGUGACCAACAGGAUGAUGAACAGGAUGGCAUUUUCUGUUGGGAUACCGCUGUUCAUAGGGCUGCUGUUCUUCCCGUUCUUCUACUACCUCAAGGUGGGACUGAAGAUUGAUGUCCCCACAUGGGUGCCCUUCAUCGUGUCAUUCUUCUUCUUUGGGUCUGCCCUGCUUGGGGUGAGUUACGGGAUCGUAUCCUCCAGCUGGGACCCUAUGAGGGAAGGAUCGCUCUUGGGUUGGAACGAGGCUCAGAAGAACUGGCCUAUCUUCUGGCAGUCUCUGUGGGGUAGAUCUGGGAAGAAGUAGGGUGUGCAGGACUUACAUCAUAGCCUUCCGUAUUGUAACAUUCUUGAAUCAUAAUCCAAAGAGGUACUUCUUUCUCGUUUGCUCUUGCUGUAUUAUUGCAUUUGGACAGGCGGCGAGAGGUAACUUCUUCUAAUAUGAGCCAUGAAUUAGUGUCGUGUGGGCUUGACAAUGCCUUAUGUAGUCAUGCCGUGAUGAUCUCACAUCACACAGAAAAUUAAAGAAGGGGAAGAAGUAGCGAAUUGCAUUCGACCUGCUAGGGCAGGCAAACUUUGGCAAUCUGACUCAAGCCCAAAGAUUUAGCCACACUCGGCACUGUUGUUUUCGGGUUUCUUUCUGGGGUCGGUGAUGGGUCUUCUUGUUUCUUCCGAACAAGGCUGUCUAGAUUACAAUUCUCUAUCACAGGUCAGUUGUUGGUA